CUUUUUCUUUUUUAUUUUUUUGGUCACAUUUCCCUCCCACCUUCAAAACGUCAUCCCCUCUUCUCUUACUCCAGUCCCCCUCCUUCCUUCCUUUCCCCCCAUACUUUACACCUACCUUACAUACAUAACAUAACGGCCAUACAUACAUUCUUAUUUUUGUAGUUCCAUUUCUCUCUCCCCUCAACACCAUAUAGUUGGCAUCCCUCCAUUUUUCUUAUACCUCUUCUCUCCUCCCCUCCCACCAUGUCUGCUGACUGGGGCUCCUUCUUCAACUCCUCAGGUAACCAUUCAUCCACGGAUGAACCCAAUGUUGUGGUCGGGGAUGAUGACACCGAACCCGACCAGGGUAAUGUCCUGUCGCACAUUAUCAGCCAGCUCCGCCCCGGAGCUGAUCUGAGUCGGGUGGUGCUGCCUACCUUUAUUCUAGAGCCACGGUCCAUGUUGGAGCGGAUCACCAACUUCAUGGCCCAUCCGGAGACCCUUCUGCCCAUGCCCACCGUCGAUGAUCCCCUCGAACGCUUCGUCUCCGUGGUCAAGUUCUACUUGAGCGGUUGGCACAUCAAGCCUCCAGGUGUGAAGAAACCGCUCAACCCGAUUCUAGGAGAAACCUUUACUGGCUACUGGGAUUAUCCGGAUGGAACCCGCGGAUACUAUAUCGCCGAACAAACCUCCCACCACCCUCCCAAAUCGAGCUAUUUCUUCAUGGCCCCCGAGCACGGUAUCCGGAUAGACGGGACGCUGAUCCCCCGCAGCAAGUUCUUGGGUAACUCGGCCGGAAGCAUGAUGGAGGGAAUCGCCGUUCUGCGCUUUUUGAACCGCGGUUCGAACAAGGACAGGGGCGAGCGAUACAUCUUGACUCAGCCGAAUAUGUACGCCCGGAAUAUUCUAAUCGGAAAGAUGAAAUAUGAGCUAGGCGACCACAGUUAUGUCAGAUGCCCGGAGAACAAUCUGGUUGCCGAUAUCGAGUUCAAGACCAAGGGCUACUUCACGGGCUCCUAUAACCAAAUUGGGGGCACGAUCAAGAACAGCGAGACCGGCCAGGUAUACUAUGAAUUGUCCGGCUAUUGGAACAAGGAGAUGUUCAUUACAGAUGUCCAGACCCACAAGAAAGAACUUCUGUUCAACGCAAGCGCUGCCGUCCAUACCCCUCCCCAUGUGCGGCCCAUCGCACAGCAGGGCGAACGCGAGUCGCAGCGGCUGUGGCAGACUACCGUCAAGGCGCUCGAGGAACGGAAUCACGAAGUGGCCACGGAUGAAAAGACAAAGAUUGAAGAUCGCCAGCGAGAAGAAGCGGCCAAGCGGACCAAUGACGGGGUGGAAUGGCAUCCGAAACUCUUCCGUCGGGUUCAGGGAGGCCCUGGCGGUGUCGACGAAGGCGAGGAAGAUCUUGACUGGAUCAUCAACGCACAAGUUGAUUCGCACAAUCCCGAAUUGGCCACCAAGCAAAUUUUAUCCAUUGCCCCGAUCUUAGAAGGUCAGACCGAGUCCUCUCAAUACCAAAUCCCACCUCACAAAGAGGGGCACGAGGCGGCUCCACCUGAUCACAACGGCGCCGCCCCGAGCGCAGCUCAGCCCGCAUCCUCCGCGGGUGAACAGCCCGAAGAGGUGCAGCGCAAAGACACGCAAACAUCGGAUGUCGACACCUUCGUGGACGCUAAACCGUGACCGCAUCUCCGUUGGGGAUACGUGUGACUCGCAUCUCGGCGGUUUAGUAUCUCACCACCGCAUCUCGAUCCAAAUCCAGGUCUCGGAAGGUCCAUGAGAUGACACCAAAAAGGGGAGUUUGAGAAGCAUAAAAAGAAAUGGUAGCGCAAACCGGAGUUACAAACGUGGUUAGCCUGUGGUGAUGGAGUGAAUAAAAGGAUGUGACUGACUGACUUGACUGUACAUCAGAAAGUCCUGUCGCACCCUAUGACUCCAGGCCCAUGUUCAAAACCAGGUUUCGACCGGUGUGCCCUACCGAACCUCUACUGGAUACCCGAUUGAAUAUUCUGUCUUUAUAAUUAUUAUAUCACGUGGCAAAAAAUAAAGGGUUGGUUUGUCGGCAUACAUAUAGGAGUAUAAGAUGGACGGAUGGGAGCAUAUAAUCUGUCGACUUUCUAUCGUGAUGUGAAGUGGUUAUCCUAAUAUGCAGUUUAAAGUCGUGCUCUUCCACAAUAUAAUCAAAUACGUUUAGUU